AGCUAAGGAUAAGUACCAAUAUCAAAACACCGCUGGCGUUGAAUCGCGCAGCGGGCACUUCCGUGUAUCGCGUGGGCGAGCACAGCUGCGGGAUAUGGACGAGGAGCUCUACGAGGCAGUACCGGAGGAUUCCAUGGACGCUGAGGCUGCGCCUCCACAGGUUGCUGAUGAGGAGGUAGUGCCUGCGGCGGAGGCGCCGAAGCCGAUGGAGACGGAGUCCACGGGCCACUACGAGUGGGAGAUUCACAAUUUCGCCAAGCUGACACAAGCGGACCGGCAGACGUCAGAGACGUUUGAAAUCGGCACGUACCUAUGGCGCAUGCUGUGCUUUCCGCGCCAGAACGCGACGCCGCACCGGCACGUGUCGGUAUUCCUGGAGUACCCGGAGGCCUCCUUCACGCCCAACCACCUCAGCCCGAAGGCCAGCUUCAAACUCAUCAUCAAAAACUUCAAAGACCCCAGCAAAAACUUUGAGAAGAGCGCGGACCACACGUUCGAGUCCCACCAGGUGGACUGGGGCUUCAGCCAGAUGCUGCCGCUGCAGGACCUCAACAGCGGCUACCUGCGCGAGGACGGCGCCAUGGUGAUACGGGUGGAGAUAACCAUCCAGCGCGAUGAGCGCUUCACGUAUGACAGCCGAACCGUCACGGGCUUCGUGGGCCUCAAGAACCAGGGCGCCACGUGCUACAUGAACUCGCUGCUGCAGUACCUGUACAAUGUGCCGCUGUUCCGAAAGGCCGUGUACCACAUGCCGGUGCCGGAGAACGAGGAGCCCAGCAAGUCGCUGCCGGUGGCGCUGCAGAGCCUGUUCUACAAGCUGCAAUAUGCUCCCUCGGCCGUGUCCACAAAGGACCUGACCGCCUCGUUCGGCUGGAACACCUACGACGCCUUCAUGCAGCACGACGUGCAGGAGCUCAACCGCGUGCUGUGUGAGAAGCUGGAGGAGAAGAUGAAGAACACCAAGGUGGAGAAGGCCAUCAACGAGCUGUUCGAGGGCUUCACCUACAACUUCAUUGAGUGCAUCGGCGUGGACUACAAGUCCACCCGCAAGGAGUCCUUCAUGGACCUGCAGCUGGACGUCAAGGGCUGCAAAAACAUCUACGACUCAUUCGACAAGUACACGGAGGUGGAGGUGCUCAACGGCCAGAACCAGUACAAGACCGACGACUUCGGCAUGCAGGACGCUCGCAAGGGCAUUCUGUUCGAGUCGUUCCCGCCGGUGCUGCAGCUGCAGCUCAAGCGCUUCGAGUACGACUUCCAGCGCGACUCCAUGGUCAAGAUCAACGACCGCUACGAGUUCUACGACGAGCUAGACCUGGACCGCGAGGCCGGCAAGUUCCUGUCGCCCACCGGCGCCCAGCAGCUGUCCACCGGCUCCUUGUCGGCGCCGCGCAACACCUACAAGCUGCACAGCGUGCUGGUGCACAGCGGCGGCGUGCACGGGGGACACUACUACGCCUACAUCCGGCCGGACGGCCAGCAGUGGCUCAAGUUCGACGACGACCGGGUCACCAAGGCGGAGCCGCACGACGCGCUGGAGGGGCAGUACGGCACGGGUGACGACAGCGGGUACGGCUCCAACCUCAAGUUCGCCAAGUGCUCCAACGCCUACAUGCUGGUGUACGUGCGUGUGGCCGACUGGGCCCGCGUCAUGUGUGACGUGACCAAGAACGACAUCGCCAAGCACCUGCUCGACAGGCUGGAGCGCGAGCAGGCGGACAAGGAGUCCCGGCAGCGCGACAAGCAGCAGGCGCACCUGUUCUGCAGCCUCAAGGUGGCAGGCGACGCGGACAUGGCGGCGCAGGUGGGCGCCGGCAACAGCGGCUACUUCGACCUGGUGGACCACGACAAGCUGCCGGCGGAGCGCUGCCACUACCGGAUGCGCAAGCAGACCAAGUUCGCGGACUUCAAGGCGGAGGUGGCUGCCCGCACCGGCAUCCCGGUGGAGCGGCAGCGCUACUGGACCAUGAAGCGGCGCGCCAACUUCUCGCACCGCCCCGAGCGGCCGCUCACCGCGCAGGAGGAGGCCAGCCAGCUGGUGGACCUGUCCGGCAUCCGCGAGCUGGCGAGGGAGGGGACGGGCCGGCACCGGGCGGGCGGCGGCGGCGGCAAGGAGGCCAAGGUGGCGCUGAUGGACAUCCGGCUGUACCUGGAGGACAUGGGCGAGGACAAGGAGGUGGUGGCUACCAAUGCGCUGUACGCGGAGGCCGGCAAGCAGCGGCAGCUGCUGGUGUUCGUCAAGCACUACGACCCCGUGAAGGAGACGCUCACCUUCAAGGGCCACCACCUGCUGCCCUGCACUGCCAAGCUGCAAUCGGUGGCCAACAUGCUGCUGGAGGACGACGAGCAGGAGCUGGAGGGCCAGGCGGAGCUGUGGGAGGAGGUCAAGUCCGAGCCCACCGUCAUUGUCGACCCCGUGGACCUGCGGAUAACGCUGGCUGAGGCGACCAUCGACCACGGUGACAUCAUCAUCUACCAGCGCAAGCUCAGCGAGGAGGAGGCGGCGGCGGUGCGCUACCCCACCGCGCGCGGCUUCCUGGAGUACGUGCACAACCGGCGACUGAUCCACUUCAAGAAGCUGGAGGACCCGGCGGCGCCGCCGGCCGUGACCCUGGAGCUGCUGCGGGGUGCCACCUACGACGAGGUGGCGGCGGCGCUGGCGGCGGCGCUGCAGCUGCCCGACCCCUCCAAGCUGCGCUUCACGCAGCACAACGUGUACAGCGGGCAGCCGCUGCGCGGCCACAUCCGCUUCCGCUCCGUGGGCAGCCUGGAGGGCAUGCUCAACUCGGGGCAGCGCGGCUCGGGCGGCCAGCUGGCUGACACGCUGUACUUCGAGGUGCUGGACCUGCCGCUGGAGGAGAUGGAGCGGCUCAAGACGGUGCGCGUGGCCUUCCACAACGAGCGAGGCGAGUUCGUGGGCGAGCAGCACAGCAUACGGCUGCGGCGCGACAGCCCCGUCUCAGAGCUGCUCGCGGAGCUCGCCAACCGCCUGCAGCAGCAGCCCGCGGCGGCGGCGGCGGCAGCAGCAGCAGCAGCAGUGGGCCACAGCAACGGCGGCACGGAGGCGGGGGUGAAGGCGGAACCGGGCGUGGAGGCGGACGCGGGGGUGAAGGCAGAGCCGGGGGUGAAGGCGGAGCCGGGCGCGGAGGAGCACGCAGCGGGCGGCGGGCAUGCGGCGGCGGGCGCGCACGCCGGCGCGGGAAACGCGGCGGCGCGGGCGGAGGAGGAGGCGUCGCUCAAGGCGGCGGCGGAGCUGGCGGCGGCGGGGCGACCGCUGCGGUUACUAGAGCUGCAGGACAACAAGAUCUGCAAGAUUGUGGACCCCGGCGAGCGGCUGGAGGCGCUCCGUGUGGACUACUGGCAGCUGCGGGCGGAGUUUGUGCCGGAGGACCAGCUGCCGGAGGCCAUGGGACCCAAGGAUUACAUCAUGCAGGUAGUGCACCACCUGCCGCCGCCGCUGUCGGCGCGCGCCGCCGCCGCCUGGGCCGCGGCCACGGCCACCACCGCCGCCUCGGACGCGGCCGAGCCCAUGGACGCAGACGGCGGGCCAGACACCGGAGCCGACGCCGCCAACGACGACAACGACAACGCGGAUGCGGAGGACGUUGACGCCCCUGAUUCGCAGGGCGAGCAAGGCAAACGCGCGGGCCCUAAGAGCGCAGAGGAGGUUCUCAAAGACGCGCUGGCGGAGAAUAUGCCUGGUGCGGCGUUCGGCGAUCCACUGCUCAUCCGCGUCACGGAGAGCGACACGCUGGCCAAGAUCCGCGCGCGGCUGCAGCCGCUUCUGGGUGCGUCCGCGGAGGAGAUGGCCCGGUGGCGUGCCAUCUUCGUGGGGACACGGCCGCCCAACGCCGUGCCGCAGGAGAACAAGGAGCUGGCGGAGGACUUCCACCGCUGGCGCAACGGCUUCUACGCCCCGGCGGCCAUGGCAGCGGCGGCUGUGGGCGGCGCGCCCACGCAGGCCACGCUGGUGGACCCCAAUAAGCUGGUGCUGGCGCUGCUACACGAGGACAAGGGCUUGGGGCACGCCGGCGCGCCGCGGCGGGCGCCGCCCAGCACGAGCAGAUACACGUACGACAAGCCCAUCAAGAUCUACGGGUGACUGCGUGCUGGUGCGGAGUGUGGUGUUGUGGGCCGCGGAGUGAGGUCUUGAGGAGCGGUGCGGCGGAGGUUGGUUUUAGGCGGGAGGGGCAGGGGUAGGGCUGGUAGGAUGUGGGGCAGGCAGGGAAGCGGGGCCAGGCAGCGGCGGACGCAUGUGUGUGUGUUGGUCUCUAUGCAGUUGGGCUUGUGGGCUGCCUGACGGAGGUGGCUUGAGGGAUGGUAGGAAGGGCGUUGGAAGAUGAGCGCGGUUGCCGAUUUGGAGUCGAGAGCGACGAAGACUGGGAGCAGCAGGAGCGCGUGGGUUACAGAGGAGCACAGUGGGGGGAAGGUGUACAGGCAGGCGCAGACGCUGGGCCAGUGGGGGCUUCGAGGACGUGACAGACAAAGCCUGGCCUGGGAGGUAGGCGGUUGGGCGCAGUCAAGGUCUGCACGUGAGGUCUGCACGUGAGGUCUGCACAUGAGUGCAGAAGGAUGAGAGGCAUGCUGUCACCUGCGGAACAGCAGGGCAGCUGACCGCAUAGUGCGUGAGCGCGGUGGCCCGGACGGUGCAGUUGAGGAGGCGCGGGCGGCGGUUGCGGCGUGUCCACUGCGGAAGGUCACCACUCACUAGGGAUAUGAGAACCCGGUUCCUGGGGCGGGCGGUUAGACGUCCAUCCGAUGGCUGCGGCGUAGCGCUUGUGUGCACGUCAAGGCGGCGGCUGGCGGUGUAGGCAAGGUGGGUGGCUGGGCGGCAGGAUGGUAGCCGGCCGCGGCCGGGGUGUGGGGCAGCAGGCAGGGCUCUAUCUGCGCGUCGCAGCCGGCACAUUGCCGGUCUGCACGCUGUUAGCACGCACUCUUGCAACGGCCUGUUAUUA